GAAGCAGUUUAAAUGCCAUUUAUCGCUACUACAAUAAAAAAGGGGAGAAGCCGAAGAUGAAGUGGAGUAUAAUUGACCGAUGGCCCACACAUCCCCUUCUCAUUCAGUGCUUCACUGAUCACAUACAGAAGGAACUGAACCUGUUUCCACCUGACAAAAGGAAAGACGUCGUCAUCCUCUUCUCAGCUCACUCUCUGCCCAUGUCUGUUGUGAACCGUGGUGACCCGUAUCCUCAGGAAGUGGGAGCUACUGUCCAGAGAGUCAUGGAGAAGCUGAACUACUCCAACCCUUACAGGCUGGUGUGGCAGUCCAAGGUUGGACCGAUGCCUUGGCUUGGUCCACAGACAGAUGAGACCAUUAAAGGGCUGUGCCAAAGAGGAAAGAAGAACAUGUUGUUGGUCCCAAUAGCGUUUACAAGCGACCACAUUGAGACACUUUAUGAACUGGAUAUUGAGUAUGCCCAAGUUUUAGCAAAUGAGUGUGGAGUUGAAAAUAUCAGAAGAGCCGAGUCUCUGAAUGGAAAUCCACUGUUCUCCAAGGCUCUGGCAGACUUGGUCUGUUCACACAUCCAGUCGAAUGAAAUCUGCUCGAGGCAGUUAACCCUCUGCUGCCCGCUCUGCGUCAAUCCUGUCUGCAGGGAGUCAAAAGCCUUCUUCACUAACCAGCAGCUGUGA